AUGCGCACGGGGCAGUGGGCGGGAAAGGGGGGAGGCAGCGGGACCCCCAGCUUCGAGCGGCUUUACCGCGUGGGACCGCUGCUGGGGAGAGGCGGCUUCGCGUCCGUGUACUCGGGGCUCCGCCUGUGUGACAACAGCCCGGUGGCGAUCAAACAAGUGGCUCGGGAGCGCAUCUCCUCGUGGGGCGAGCGGCCCAGCGGCACUCGCAUUCCCUUGGAGAUAGCCAUGUUGAGGAAGGUGCGCUCCGGCUGCAGUGCCAUCAUCCAGCUCCUCCAUUGGUUUGAGCUGCCCCACUCCUUUGUGCUGGUUCUGGAGCGUCCGGAGCCAUCGCAGGACCUCUCCGACUUCAUCAAAAAAUGGAGGUUCCUGCCCGAGGAUCUGGCGCGGGGCAUUUUCCUCCAGGUGCUGGUGGCUGUGCGGCACUGCCACAGCCGCGGUGUCCUGCACAGGGAUAUCAAGCCCCAGAACAUCAUCAUCAACUUGGCCACCAGAGAGGUCAAGCUAAUUGACUUUGGUUGCAGCACCCUCCUCAGGGACACGGUCUACACCAAAUUUAGCGGAACACCUUUGUACUACCCGCCGGAGUGGUUCCGCUGGCACUGCUACCACGGCCGUCCGGCUGCGAUCUGGUCCCUGGGCGUGCUGCUGUAUGAGAUGGUGUGCGGGGUCCUCCCCUUCCGGUGCUGCGAGGACAUCGUCAGCGGGCAGUUCUUCUUCCAGCGCCGGAUCUCUGUCGAAUGCCAGCACCUCAUCAGGUGGUGCUUGUCCAUGAGAGCUCGCGACAGGCCAUCCCUGGACGAUGUGUUCAACCACCCUUGGCUGCAAGCUACUCCAGCACCAGCCACAACCACUACGGUGACACCAACAAUGGACACAGGCACCGUGGCUACUCCAAUGACCCAAUCCAGCUCCAUCGGGGCUCCACAUGGCUCCAUCCGGACCCAUCCCGGCCCCAUCCGGAUCCGAUCUGGCUCCAUUCAGACCCAAUCCGGCUCCAUCCAGAUCCAAUCUGGUUCCAUCCGGACCCAUCCCGGCUCCAUCCAGCCCCAGUCCAGCUCCAUCCGGACCCACCCCAACUCCGCUGCUGCUGCCCCGACCCGGCACCCUGGGGCUGCUGCGGGCGCUGGGCCUGAGAGCCCGCCCCGCCACCAUUAA